AUGUCAUAUGAAAGAGAAGCACUGACGGAUUAUGCGACAUUCAAGCAACCCUCGGUGGUGAAUCUAGGUGAUAAUAGAUCAAUCUUGGCAUAUGGAAAAGGUACCUAUCAUUUGAAAGCAAUACUUGAUGAUCACGUUCAGAACAUAUCAUUACGCAACGUAUUGUACUUACCAGAAUUGGACAAGAAUCUACUAUCAGUCUAUGCCAUGAUAAAAGUUGGAGCUACUGUUAUGUUUGAAGGUAACAAGUGUAAGAUAUCUCGUAAUUCCAAACUUCUAGCUGUUGGGGACAUACAUGGAAAAUUGUACAAAUUAAGGAUUGGACAUGAACACGUGAACAUUGCAAAGGACGCAUCAAAUUCAAGCUUGCAUUUAUGGCAAUGCAGAUUUGGGCACUUGGGAAUGAACAAUGUUCGUAAAUUGUUAAAUGGAGAUAUGGUUAAAGGAAUGAGUGAUGUAAAUGAAAAUAGGGACCUUAAGAUUUUACGACGCGCUUUUCAACGACGCUACUUGUGCGCGCACGUCCUGGGGCGAGACGCGUCGGCGUGGAUUAUAGAUUUUGACUUAAGUUUUUGA